AUGAAGAUCCUGGAGGUGGGGCAGACCAGGAGGCUCCAGGUGCCCGUGCUGGCCCCUUGCUCUGGUGUAAAUGUUCGCCAUGCAGCGCUGUGUGUCCCCUNGGGCAAGGACCCCACCUUCGACACCAUCACCUACGAGUGGGCUCCCCCCGGCCUCACCCAGAAGCUGGUAAGGGCACCCGGGGGGCUGGGAGCAGAGCUGUGCCCUGCAGUGGGGUGUGGGGAGAAACAGGAGCCCGUGUGUGCCUCGGGGAGCAGGGGGUGCAGAGCACUCGUGUUUGGAGCGCUGUCAGUAAGCAGAGUAGGUGGGAGAGGGGGAUGGAAUGCCUUUGGGGUUUAUGGGUUUGUUUACAUUUCUAGGAGAAAGAGCAUCCCUGUGCUGCUGGAGGAGUCCUUGCCUGGGGAGUGGGCUCGCAGGCCCAUUCCCAGGGUCCCUCACAGUGUCUCUGAUGAAGAACAGCAGCCCAGCCCUGUUCCAGCAGCCUUGAGGAGCUUCCUGCCCCAGGAGGGAGGUGGGCAUCCCCCUGCCCACGCUGACCCCCACCCCUCCUCGCAGCGCUGCGAGGCGUGCCAGCAGCCCGUGCCCGGGGACUGCCCCGUGGUGUACGCCGAGCGCGCCGGCUACUCCCGCCUGUGGCACCCCGCCUGCUUCGUGUGCUGCCGCUGCGCCGAGCCCCUCGUGGACCUCAUCUACUUCUGGAGGAGCGGGGCCGCCUGGUGCGGGCGCCACUACUGCGAGAGCCUGCGGCCCCGCUGCGCCGGCUGCGACGAGAUCAUCUUCUCAGAGGACUACCAGCAGGUGGAAGGGCUGGCCUGGCACCACAAGCACUUUGCCUGCCUGGAGUGUGAGACGCUGCUGACAGGCAAACCCUUCACCCUGGCCAAUGCCAGCUUGCUGUGCAGCACCUGCAGCCAGAGCAGGGCCUGAGCAGGGCCAGAGGGGCUCCCACCUGGACUGGGGGCAUCAGGAAACACAGCACAAGGGGAAGGUUACCAGAUUUAAGAGUCUGACUGUUCACUUGCAAGCAACUCCUGUGCCCUGGCAUCCAGCACAGCGUGAGGAAGGUGUUUCCUUGGGGCCCUCUUGGAUCUGCCAGGGAGCCCUUGUGCCCACGUGUACCUGCCAGGAGCACCUGGAGAGGAAAGCAAAGGAGGGGCUGGGCUCUGCUGGCUUUUGUCAAGUCUGUCCAACCUUCUUAUGACUAAGAUCUUGCAACAGUCUUUUGGAAAUAACACAUCUCAGCAGUAACUUCUGGCAUACUAAACCUACAGUUGUGGUCAAAAACAAGGGGUGUUUGUGGUUUUUAAAUCCUUACUGGAAUUAGGCUAACAGGCUGCUGCCACUGUGCCAAGGCAGUGGGUUGGAGGAAUGUGAUCAGCUUGCUGAAAGCAAUGGUGUAAAAUUGCCACACGCAGCUGGGGCUUUGUCCUGUGCGACAAAAUAAACCAAGGAGUGGGCACAGAGGGCAAGGGGCUCACCCUGGUAAGAGGGCAGGGCAGGCUCUGCUGGUCACUGGCUGACUCAGCCCCUGGAGCUGCCACCCUGGGACUGGAAUGUAAAGAAUGUUGUGGAAAACAGCUUUAUCAGCUGUGCUGGGGGGCACAGUGUGUGUGUGUGUGUGUGUGUGUGUGUCUGUCCCUGGGAUGCUGCAGUGACCCUUCUUCCCUGCAAUACCUCAGUGACCCUUCCAGGUGCCAGGCAGCUGUACCUUCCUGCAUGGGGAGCACUGGGGAUACUGGGGUCCCGCUGGGCACAUUGGGGUCCUGCUGGGCACAUUGGGGUCCCGCUGGGGACACUGGGGUCCCACAGGAGCCAGGGGAGGGAGCAGGGCCAGGGUUUGAGGGGCAGACAGGGCUGAGCUCUCUGCCAGCCCCGUGGGAGGCACUCCUGCUGCGUUUGGGGACCCACAUGGACACACGAGCAUUUCAGAGCUGGGAUUUUCAGCAGAGCCCUGGUUUGGGGGUAACCCUCCCCUGUCCCUGCCUGGGGAGCUCUGGGGGAAAGGGGAUCCCUCCAGCCCAGGCAGGGCUAAAAGCCAGCCAGCCUCAGGGGGUGGCAUGGAGAAGAGGUGGUGCCAGGCUGCAGAGGAAUGCAGGUGGGAGCCUGGGCAAAUGUCAGAGCAGAGGCACAGGGAGAGCAGGGCUUUGGGGGCAGAGCAGGGCUUUGGGAGCAGAGCAGGGCUUUGGGGACAGCCCUGGGUGUCUCUGACAGGACGGGGGUCACUUUUACUUUAUUCAUAAUGAAAGACUCCAUGGAGACCUUGUAGAUCCCUUCCAGACCCACAGGGCUCCAUGAGAGCUGCAGAGGGGCUGUGGACAAGGCAUGGCGGUGGCAGCCCAGUGCAGCAUGUUCUGAGCUGUGAUUUUGUGAUCUAGAAAUUGUAAUUUGUGAAGUCCCUGCUCCAGCACACACUUACUGCCUUCAGGCUUUGGGACUGCUGGCACCUGCUCAAGCCCUGCAGGUAUUUCUGCAGCUCAUAAAAUACUGUCUGCUAAAGAAAUUUACUGCAAUUAAACAGCUUAACAAAAUCCUGUGCCUCUCCAGUGUCGGGAGCAAAAGCGUGAAAUUAAUGCAUCCAACAGCUCAGAACAUAUGGGAGCCUUUAGUGCUGAUACUGGAGAUGAAAUUCAGGGUGGCCACGGGCUGAUCCUCCCCAGCAAGGACAGCAUUUUAACUGGGGGGCUGCAGAGGGACAGAGCCCUUCCUGCCCUGGCAUGGCCAGGGCAGCCAGCACAGGGAAUUUGUGCCUCCUGUGGGAGCGUCCAGCUCCAGUUUAAACUCAAGAGUUCUGUGUAGUUGUUCUAAGUACAACUGACAGUACAUUUGAAUGUUCUUAAAACUUUAAAUAAAGUAUUUUGGAUAUAAAACCCCUUCACCUGCUCCCCCAGUGCUGACCCAGCCACGAGCAGGGGUGGGAGAGAGGGAGGGCAGAGCCUCCCUACAGAGAAAUAACCUCUGCCUGGGUAGAAGCCACAUUUCAGCAAAUGCUUUGCAAGCUGAAGUUUUUCAGAGUUAACUGCUCUGAAUCUGCAAAUAUUUGCAGUGCUGUCUCAUCUGUGGUCCCCCUUUUUUUGAAGAAAUUUUGCACUCUACUAGCGUGAGGAAGGCUACUGCAAUUAAGAUUGGGAGGGCAUAGGAGAGGGCUAUGAUGAGAUUGAUUAAGAGAGCGUAGUUAGUCGUGGGAGAUGGUUUGAGUUAAGCUAGGGAGAGGAUUUGAACCUCUGAGUUAAAUGCUUCUGGAACUGUGCAGAAAUUCCCUGUGUGAGGGGAACUGCAGUGGCUGUGUCCCUGCAGAGCCUGGCUUGGGGUGAGAGCAGAGCCCAGGCUGGGGCUGCCCUGGUGCUGCUCAGGCUCUGCUCUGCACCAUUCCAGCCAGAACCAUCAGCCUUCUCCCGCACAGCUUGUGUCCAAAGGCAGCUCUUUGCCUGGGUGCCUCCCCAGUGAAUGAUGCAGACCUGACUGAUUGGAAUGGAAGGGAUCCCUGUUACCUGCCUGGCUGUAACAAACAGCCAGAAAGAAGUUGUUGAUCCUGGGUAAAACUCAGUAAGAACCUGAUCCCGGGGUGGAGGACAAUCGCCUUAAACAGAAACUUUUAAGGGGCUUUAUUACACAGUCAAUUCUAAAAAGAUGUGAUUUCAGAUACCUGGAACUAAUAAACCUCAAAAUUCAGUGGCUGCGGGCGAGAAAAACAUAAACUAAGGCAGAGUGAGUUGGCUGUAUAAACACUACAAUAAAACUUGCUUAAAAGCCCCAGAGAGAAAAAUGCAGAGGUGAAAAAGCAACUAUUCAUGAAGAGAGGGUGCAUUUCAGUGGAAACUUCCUGAGACCUGCAGCAGCUGCUGCUUCAGGGCAGAGCUAAAGAAAGCCCCUGUGGCUGGGUGUUCUUCUGUAAAAAGUGAGGUUAUGUUUAUAUAAACCUAAUUUGAGCUUGAGUUUAUUUUUCAACUCCCUUUCUUCAGCCAAAUCACCAAAAAAUCACCCUCUCCACAGUGAGGGUUUUGUAGAUUGUUGCCUGAUUUCAAAAAAUUAUACAAAAAAAUGCUAACAUCACCUGGAGCAAACCAGGAACAACGGGAACUGUGUUUAACGUGGCUCCAGAGAAAGAUUGGUGCAGGGCCAGCUCACAGUGCCCUGUGUCAGUGCCCUGUGUCAGUGCCCGGCCCAGGGGUGGCAGCAGGAGCCUGUCCUGUGAAUUCCCCUGUCCCAGGGGCUGUGCU